CUUCCUUCUCACCCCAUCCCUCAGCCAUCCUGGUCUUGCUUCAUCCACCACACCUUAACAUAACCAUGUCGAAGGCUUCAAAGAAACCCAGAAAGUCGGGGGCGUCCAGGGAUGAAACCGAGGCGUUAGCUGAUUACCUCGCGAGACUUGCUCCGUUCGUCGAUGACGGCGAGAACCCAACCGCUACUAGGACCGCCAGACGUGCACUCCGGCAUUAUACAGUUGAGCGGCAGAACUUCUUGUUCUCCCUGGGCCUCGACUCAAACAUGAGCUUUCCGCAAGCACUGAAUCGCGCGGUGAAUAUCGUCCAUCAGCUGGACGAUGACCUGGAUGAAGCCAGAAAGGAGAUCGAGGAGUUAGCCCAAAAUGUGAGCGAGUUGGUGAAGAAGAACGACGAACUGCAAACUACGAAUUCCGUCCUAGAGGAUGCCCAUGAUACCCUUGCACAGGAUAAGAAAGACAUCGAAAUGGUGGCAACGAAUCGAGAACGUCAGUUGGAUACCGAAUGCGCUGAAACGAACAAAUUUCGAGAGAAAUACUACGUAGUCGCCGAAGAACUCCUCCGCCGGGACAAAGAAAGAUAUGAGGCAAAAGCCUUGGUCGAGAAAUUCAAUGAACUAUGGACCGACAUAUUUAAAGGAUGGGAAGACGUCUGUGGGAGCCGCGCGGACCGUCGGUUCAAAUACGGCGUCUCGGGCGUCUGGAAGCACCUCUGCGACAAUAUAUGGUGCCCUGAUAUGCCGCUCCCCAGCAACAAGGCCGCGGACUUGAUACGUCGUUAUUGUCCGCCGGUGGCCGGGCACAAGAAUGCUGACUUUCAAACGCGAGUGCGCGGCAUCGUUGACCAGGCCGGUGAUCUUCGCAAUGAGCUGGAGAAUAGCCAGUUUACAGUGCAUAUCAACCCUGCCCUUGUGCGUCUUGAGCAAGACCCGUAUCUCUCACCUACGGUCGUCAUUUUCACAAGCUUCGGCUUUGCUGAGUCCCUCGGGUAUUGCAACGUGCCCGGAACGCAUCCAGAGGCUAACUCCAGGGAUGCUGCUGUGUAAUGCACCAUGGGUCUUUCGAGGUCUAAAUUCCUCAUUAUGUCGAUUAUCGUCCAAGCACUGCAAAAUGACUUUAUAGCAUAUUCUAGUAGAACGUGUACCUUGAGGUUUUUUUUUUUUUAAUAAAAAGGGGCUAACAACAAUCAAAUCUCACUAAAUGCUAGAACUAUGUACUUUGACAGGCUGUACCACAAGA